AUGGAGCCCGGCACAAAGAACUGGGCCACAGAAUAUCUCAUCGACCCUAUAAGUGCACCGCAGCCCUCUGAAGAAGACGGCCCAGGCACUUCCUUCCGCCCACAAGCGCAACCGCCCACUCCAACGUCGCCCUCGAUCACCAAAAGUGCCUCGGUGCGCAGCUCAGGCUCCAAGCUCACAAAGAACAAUCCAUAUCGCAAGUCCCUCGGCUCCCCUCCGCCCGUCCAAGAUCUCGCUCGCAGCUCCUCGCUGAAAUCGCCAUCGGCCUCGACAAAGGCUUACCCCUCGCCACCCCCGUCUGCGUCCCCCCGCGUUGCCAAUCAUCCACCAGACACCCUCCAACCCCCAACCCAACAUCGCCGCCGUGGCUCUUCUCUUAACUCUAAGUUCCCGGGCGACAUGUCGCAUCGUCCUCUCGACCAGCUAGCGCAUGAAAAGCGAAAGGCCGAUCGCGCCCGACAGACCUCCCGCAAGCACCGCAUUCAGCCCGACACGAUCGACAGUCUCGACGAUGCGGCGGGCGCCGCAUACCACCACGGCGGCCCUUACGACGCAACGCUCUUCGCACGCAACAACUCCUCUUCCGGCCCACUCGGCGCCCUCGUAGACUCCAACGAGGAGACUCUCCGCGCGACGCCGAAAGAACGCAUCGCCGACAGCCUACAACGACAUCGACCGCUCGACGGUGUCGCGACCUACGCACCCGGCGAGAUGGACCGCAACGGCCACCUGUACCAGUAUGAGGAGGGCAGCAAUAUGAUGGUCGACGCCAACCCGGCCGGCGGUGCCUACAAACAGUGGCCCGGUGUGCAGUACCACCCGGACGACAUCAAAGGCAAAGGCGAGCCGAGCUACUCGAUCGAAAAGGCCCUCAAAGACCACCGGCUGGAGAAAGGCGCCUACCGCGACCAGCCCGAGCAGCUCGGCAUGGAGAUGAAGUCCCAGCCCCACACCCGCCACGCGAGCAGCGGCUCCGCGACCGGCGCGCUGGCCAGCACCGGUGUCUUCGCCGAAGGCGGCAGCGGCGAUGGCCAGAUGAAGCGGUCUGGCAGCUUGAGCACCGGCCUGAAGAAGCGCUGGGGCAGCGUUAAGAAGCACAUGCACCGAGAUUCGGAGUAG